CUCCAGUCAAGGCGAAUCGGGUGAAAAGUCCUGAUGCACGAAAUCGACAUAUCCAAUCCCAAGUGAGGAAAGGCGAGGGAAACACGAAAUAAAGGGAUUGUUACGCGUUUAAGCCGUGAUGGAUGCAUCACGGCAGUCGGCUUUCAUGCCGACGAUAAAAUGUUCCAAUUGCGGGAACCAAGUUGAGAUUUCGAUGAUGGGAGAGCAUGUCUGCGGUAGCACACCUGCAGCAGCAGCAGAACCACCUCCACCAAUGCCAGAUCUUCUAGGUGGCGCGUUUUCGUCCCUAAAAACAAAUGUUUUUGACAAAUUUGCUCGCACCGCACCCCCUUCUGUUGAUACAUCUGCAGCGAAUCGCGCGUUCCAGAAGACGGAUCAACUGACGCCAGUAAGCGCUUCUACUGGAUCACAGGCUAUCUCACCAAAAACACCAACGCAUGAACGGCCUGGGGCCAGUUCUAGCAAAGAUGACUACUUCGCACCAUCAAUAGCAGGUUCGCCCAGGCGGCCAAGUGGAUAUGGAGGCUUCGGAGACUCAGGAUCGUAUGAAGGCGAUUCUACUUACGGCACAAGCCCGAAUAAGCCGACAAAUUUCUUAACAAGAAUGAACACCAUUGCGCCUGGACCGUUCGAGACGAACCGAGGACCCGGAUUGAAAAAUCCGUUCGCGCGGAACAGCAGCCGGGACAACACGGCAGAAUCAAAUGACGAUUCAUUGCGAGUUAGGUAUUCCACAGAGCGGCCAGGCACUUCGGGCUCGACCUCGUCUAAGAACAGCGCUGCCCUUGCACCCCCCAGAGCACCACGAAGUAACGGGUAUGGUGGGUUCGGCGCGCCGCUAAGGGGUAGUAGUGACUUCGAGCCGCAACCAAUUGGCCUAGGCAAACGCUCUGAUACGUUUCCGGAGAAGCUCCUCAAAGGAAACGAUGAGGUUUUUGACGUACCAGCACGUGUGCCUUCGGCACCCGGUAUGAAGUCCGAUCGAAUGCGGAGUUCAUCAAAUAGUGUUGUGGAUAGAAUGGCUAUGGCUAGUGAACGGUCGCAAAGACCGUCCUUAGGAGCGCAGGAUGCGUUACGUCCGCCGCCUUUACAAGGAACAACCUCGCGCCCAUCAACGCGAGAUGGCGACAGAAAACCCUCUAUCAACCUAGGCGACGAAUUUAAUACUAACAAUCGUAACCACUUAUCUUCAAUAUCGCAAUCUUCUAGCAACUCUAGCUAUACUCACUCAUCUCGUCCUAGUCAAGCUAGUUCGAACACAAGCCCGGCUCAGUCAGUAAGGUCCCGUCCAGACGCACGGCGGCCGUCCGAUAUGUCAGGUUUCGAUGCCCUAUUAGACGACUUGCAAACUUCAAUGGAUGCAAUGCAAACUAAACCACAAUCCCCCUCACCUAGCGACCGAUCACUGUCCGAGAGAGGUCCCGAGCCGCUAAGACCUAACAGCCAGCGUACACCUUCGGAAAGUGUUGGGCUAGAUCGUGCGAGCUUUAGGGGACAGGAUCCGAGAGUAGAUAUGCCUGCGAUACCACCGCUUUCGUCCCAAUCUUUGGAUCGUAGAGAUCCCGCUAUUCAGAAGGGUUUAAACGACUCGCCGCCGACUCGGCCAACCCACAACCGUCAAGCGUCUAAAAGCCAAGGCUCGCGUGGUAACUGCAAAGCGUGCAAGCAACUCAUCACGGGCAAGUCAAUCUCAUCAGCGGAUGGGCGGUUGACUGGACGUUAUCACAAGGCAUGCUUCGUAUGUACGACAUGCCAAGAACCCUUCUCCUCUUCGACAUUCUAUGUCUUAAACGACCAGCCGUACUGUGAGCAACAUUAUCACAAACUUAACGGCAGUCUCUGCGGGAGCUGUAAUAUAGGUAUUGAGGGGCAAUACCUCGAGGAUGAAUCCUCCAAGAAGCACCAUCCGAAUUGUUUCCGAUGCGGUGACUGCGGUAUCGUCUUACGUGAUGGUUAUUUCGACGUAGACGGCAAAUCGUACUGCGAGCGCGACGCCUGGAGACGAAUGCAGUGGGCCAUGCAGGCCCAAAGGCAACAACAACAGCAACCACCACCGAGGCCCGGAUACCCUCCGCGUCGGCCAAGCGCGCAAGGGCCUCCGCCGCCGAGACCACCUCGCUCCGGCCCCGGCUUCAUGGGACCGAGCCCUAUGGGUCCAAGUCCCAUGGGUCCGGGUCCUAAGGGACUCAACCGGCCAUUCGGCUUGCCCAGCGGAAACCGUCUAGCUCCUGGCCAGGCUCUAGGCCGUGGCGGUCUAGCCAGCCCGAUGCCGAGGAUGGAGAAGAGAAUGACGAGAAUGGGCAUGAUAUAAAAGCAUCUAUGCCCCUGAUUUAUAUAUAUAUAUAUAUCUAUAUAAUUUCCCCUUGUUCUGUAACGACGACACGCCUCUCUUUUGUUUCGACCGACUUUCACAUCGCCGCUUCGCCAUGUUGCUGGCUGUGCGAUUAUUAUCAUCAUAUAUCAGCAUCGGCGUUUGGGGUUCCCCUUUCUG